ACGGAGUAAGUCUGACAAGUAGAGAUUAACUUGAAGCGUUUUUUUUCUAAAGAGGGUGUAAUAACAAGAACAACACUUUUACGAUUACUUAUUGUUUAUUUAUAAUAAAUAACAGUUUGCUUGCAAUUAACUGAUGGUUGAGACGGGACUGUGAAAAAUUUCACGAGAUGAUCACAGUUAAGGAAAUUAGGGAACCAAGUGAGAAAAAAACGAUACGCUUCUUUAUUUUGGGCUGUUCAAUAGUUCUCCUAAUCUACGCGCAAACUUCCACAGUUUAUUCACAGGUCUCAUGUUCACGGAGCUGAUUGUGCACCGUACGUGCCAAAUUCUGAUAGGAACAGAUGACACUUCGAAGUGCAAUAUUCAAGGGAAAAAUGAUAGCACGGCAAACGAAUUGCAUUUUGAAGCUGAAACUGAAAAGUAUGCGAGUAUAAUUGUAAUGGCAAAGGCUAUGAUCGAAAGCUUACUCUCAACUGUGGUUUCGUUAUUUCUCGGUCCUUGGAGCGACAAAGGUGGACGAAGACCUGUCUUAUUGGGAGGAACCAUCGGUUUUACGGUGAUGUUAACGAUGCUCUCAUUGAUGUGCAGUUGGGAUAUAAAUCCUUGGUACUUGAUAAUUCCCUCGAUCCCGGGAUUCAUUACCGGAGGAACGAUCACGGUAGUAAUGGGUGCAAUGUGUUACGCAACCGAUUCAACGGAAGAAGAACAAAGAACGGCGGUAAUGGCUUGGAUGCAAACCGCGAUAUUUAGUGGAGUGGUCUUGGGUUUAUUUGGGGGGCCUAUCAUAUCGACAAACUGUGGCUACACAACUGUGUUUAGCAUAGGCGCGAUUUGCAGUGCAUUGUCGACACUUGUAAUUUACUUCGCUAUUCCUGAAUCGGUCAAGUCUGCGAUCAAGGAGUCACAUUUACGUGGACUCUUCGACGUCUCCCUCCUGAAGAAGCUUGUUACCAGUAUUGUAGUUAAACGGGACGGUUUUCAUCGGUUUGUAGCCUGGCUUGCGAUAUUCGUUUACACUUUUAGCGUGAUGCUUCAGGUAGGAGAUACGAGCGUUGGAUUUCUAUUCGCAAAAGCGCGACUAGAUUGGGAUGCUGCACAAUACUCUUACGCUGCUGGUAUUGGUCUCUUGCUGACCGUCACUGCCUUGAGUGGAGCAUCUCUAUUCGGAACUAGUUUAGGCGCUUCGGACACAAUGUUGGCCACUCUAGGCCUCGUGUCAGGCUUGAGUUGUGCACUUGGGAAAGCUCUCGUAUCGAAAGGUUGGCACAUGUAUCUCUCAACGUCAAUCGGAAUGUUUUCCGCAAUUGUCCCACCAGUUAUGCGAUCCAUUUUAUCGAAAUCAGUGCCUCUCGAUGAUAUUGGUACCGUGCUGUCGCUGACGGGGCUUCUGGAAACGUUGUCUCCAAUGGGCGGAGCGCCGUUAUUCGCGUUGAUAUUUUCCCAUUAUUUACCUCCGAUAUAUCCAUCACCAGUUUACCUCGUUUCCGCUGCUCUGUUCGUUUUAUUGCUACUUUGCACAGCAUGCAUCGAAGUAUUGACGAGGAGAUCGCGUAACUUGCAAUUUUACACUGCCACACCUGAAAAAGAAACGGAAGAAUAGCUUGAUGACUCUUAUUCUAUUGCACCAACGACUUACUUGGAAUUCGUUGUGACAAAAUGAAAUAAGCUUGGUCUGUAAUUAUUUUUAAGGUUCCGCACUUCAAAAGGUGAAAACGGAAUCCUUGUAGGAUCGCUUUGUUGUCCGUUCAUCCGUUCGUCGAGACCCUUUUUCUUAGGAACUGGUAGAGGUAUCAAGUUGAAAUUAAUAUCAGUCUACGAUCCCUUGGAAGUGUAAAAAAUUCAAGCUUCUCAGCAACGCAAUCAGAAGAUACGGCCAUUUAUGUCACAUCUUUUGAUAAAAUCAAAAUCUAUAGCAUACCUCCCGUUGACCACGAAUCAUAAUACUCGUAUCGAAGCAAGGUCUCACAGCAUACGUAAAGAGAAAAGUCCGAAAAUAAUUGAUUUAUAAUUAUAUUGCAUAAAAAAUAAAUAAUUAAGUUUGUGCGGAACCCUCAGGGCGCUUGUACUAUUCGCACUUGUCCGUUUUUUAAUUCUAUGCUCCGUUCGUUGAGAGAACGAUAAGCUUACGAAGCCAAACGCGUCAAGUUUGGUCAGAUCCCACCCAAUACGCCGCCCACAUUACCCACUCCAGGUAACCAAACGGAUCUCACAGUUGGCCAGAACCGGCAUUAGCCGACAAGGGUACCCAGGUAUGCCCAGAUACUCAAACCUAAUUGUCAAUUUUAAACCUGACGGGUCAUUUUAAACCUAAUGGUUGCUUUUAAACCGUCUAGCAUUAAUUGUUGUGAAAUUGCAAGUGAGUUCGGACCUGUUAAAUUUCAAUUAUGGCGUAUUUACCCUGGUUGAUUAAUAUAUCCAAUGGCAGAAAAUAUGGACCAGGAAAUAGAAUAAAAUUAUUCGAGAUGUAA